AUGACCACCCUCCCUCGCCAUCGUUUGCGACGUGAUUAUGCGGAUCAGCAGAUUUUUGUGGCGUUAAUCACAUCCGCGAGGGUAGCACCGCAUCAUCGGCUCUGUGUCGGAUCGGAAACGCCAAAACCAUAUUUCAAGUGCUGUGUCGACCGUGUCAAGAGCUAUUACCGAGGUGAUUUCUUAAACGACCAUUUGCUGGUAGUCAACUGGGUGCAUGCACAAGAUUCGCUCUGCCUUUGGUUUGUGGAUUCUGGUAAACCUGCUUAUUCCGGUGCAUCUUAA